GCACAACAUCCAAGCAAACAGGAAAUUUUCCAGGGAUAUCAGUGAUAUAUCCAACACCUAAAGGUUACGAAACUCAUAAAUUUGUCGCCAGUGAAAAUGCACAAUAUAAAUCAUCACCUUCACCAGUUUUUCAUUUGGGGUUAAUGACAGUUAACAACAAUUUAAAUGAAGAUAAUCCGAAUUUACAAGCAGCAACGCCAACUGCAGAUUCUUUUUGUUAUCAAACCUCAACGAAUAUUGAACAAAAUAGUUUCAUUAAUCAAUUUGUUAUUCAACAAUUUCUUCUUUCGAAUAAUAUGACAACUGGGAUUUGUCACCCAGAAACCGAAACCGAAUUCUAA